AUCAAAUGACUGUUUGAUGGCCAGUAUUUUAACAUUUAAAUAUAGAAUAUAUUAUUUUUAAAGUGAUUAUAAAUAGUUUCUGUAAAGAGGCCAGUAUCUUUUUUUUUUAAUUUAGUAAAAAGUUUGAAUGUCACGUUAUGUAGUUAUGCUUUCACCAUGGAUUUGGCUGUAUCAUUAUUAUCUCACAACGAGGAGUGAGGGGAAGAUCGGGAAAAAGGCGCUUCAUGGUUUACAUGGAUGAGAGAGAGGGCGCGGGGCGUCGCGGAGGCGUCGUGCUGCCCUCUACGAUGGAGGCAUGUGGACCACCGAUACAGCUGGAACCAGUUGACCUGAGCCUCAAGCGGCGCCCACCGACACCAAGACGACGGCCCAGACCUGCUGGUGGCGUUAAUGCUACUUCAUCGAAAAUAACCAGAAACGACGAACCCACAGAAUUGAUUUUUGACUCCAGUCAUCAAUUGCCGAAAAUCAAAAUAGGCCCAGAUCUCAGAAGCGCAAGAAGGCCUAAACACCACGUUAACAAACUCAAACCAACGAACCCGCAUACGGAAACCCACCUCCCAAUCCAUGACCUCACGAAGCCAUACCUCCCCAUCAUCCCAUUCAUACCCCCUCACAAACCAACCGAUGCUCAAAUCAAGAGCUUUCUCCUCAACACUGCCCUUCAAAAUGCCCUAACAGACUCCUUGAACCAACUCCAGACUCCUAAACUUGAUUUCAAGAAGGAUGAAGAAUUUGGCAGUGCUGAUGAUGGACAGAAUCGAAGGAGACUGCAUAAGUGUGACGUGGCUGGGUGCCAUAAGGUUUACACGAAGAGUUCACAUUUAAAGGCGCAUAAGAGGACUCACACUGGUGAAAAACCCUACUCUUGCGGCUGGGCGGGCUGCGAGUGGCGUUUCGCGAGAUCUGACGAGCUGACCCGACAUACUAGGAAACACACUGGUCAUAGACCCUUUACCUGCCCUCUAUGCCGACGUUCCUUUGCCAGGUCCGACCAUCUUGGUCUACACAUGAGGAGGCACUGACUCCAUUCUAUGUUCAAGAUCAUGAAACUUGCACAAAAUCUGAUCUUCAUUUACGACUCUCGCACUAAAAGAAUUUAAAAUUGUGGGGUUUCAGAAACAUUCAAGUCACAUGCACUAGACACAAGACACACAAAAUCGGUUCAACUCCCGGUGUAUGAAGUUUGUACUUUUCAUGUCACAUGCACUAAGACACACAAAAUCGGAUUUACUCCAAUUUUGUAUUUGUGGGGGGAAGGUGGUUAAAACAUUCAAGUCACAGGCACAGAGAGACCCAGACUAAGGACAAGCAUUCGUGGAUCAUACUAAAAUUAGUUUAAAACUGUGAUUGGUGAUCUGCCUUAAACCAAGUUUAGAAUAUUGUUAAAAAGUUUUCAAUACAAUUAUUAAAACGCAUUCGACUAGGAAUCUUUAAGUGAGUACUUUUCCAAGUGACAUCCAAUCUUUAGAACUAACAUUUGUAAUGAAAAAAUGAACCGGUUUUAUUUUUUAAGUGGGUAUUUGACUAAAUAAAUAUAAUAAGUCUGUCAGGUGGAUUUCCAAAAAAAUAUCAGAUAGUUAUUUUUUCACUUCCGCGUGAACAAAAAAUUAAGAUGAUACAGAAAGUUAAAAUCUUGUGUGACGUCACUUAUCAGUACACUUUUUACCGACGAAUGACGUCAUUAGUCCCUCUUGUAGACGUUUCAUUUUUUAUGCGUUUUAUACUAUACACCGUGAUUUUUAGUCGUCUUACAAAAGCA